UACGGCUAUCCUGCCGAAGCGUUCGGCAUUGUGGCAGGCGGCUAGGGCCGGCGAAGGCGCCGGAGCCGCAGGCGGCGGCAAGGGCGCGGAGAGGCACGCAGAGGGGCUCAGACUGCCCGGCGCCGGCCGCUACGCGCACCGCUGAGUGCACUCACUUUCGGCCGCGCAACUUCAGAGCCAGGGCACCGGAGUCCGCGGAGCACUCGGAACUCCGGAGCCCGCACAGCACUGAGACACCCAUCGCGCUCCGAGCGCCGGACGGCCCUGCGCGCAGCGUGGCUGCCGCUGCCUCCACGGAGGGCACGGGCUGGCGCUGCCGGGUGCCGGAGAAGACGGCGAGGAGGAGGCGCCGGCGGCGGAGACGGCGACGGCGAGGCUGGGGCCAGGGAGAGAGCCCCGGGGGAGAGGCGCCGGAGCCGGGCUGCGGGAGCAUGUGGGCCGGGAGCGGAGCACGGGGCGCGCUGCUGCUGGCGCUGCUACUCUGCUGGCACCCGAGGCUGAGCCUUGCAGGCACUGAUUCUGGCAGCGAGGUGCUCCCUGACUCCUUCCCGUCAGCACCGGCCGAGCCCCUGCCCCACUUCCUCCUGGAGCCUCAGGACGCCUACAUCGUGAAGAACAAGCCUGUGGAACUGCGCUGCAGGGCCUUCCCGGCCACACAGAUCUACUUCAAGUGCAACGGCGAAUGGGUUAGCCAGAAUGACCACAUCACACAGGAGGGGCUGGACGAGGCCACAGGUCUGAGGCUGCGAGAGGUGCAGAUCGAAGUGUCUCGGCAGCAGGUGGAGGAGCUGUUUGGGCUGGAGGAUUACUGGUGCCAGUGUGUGGCCUGGAGCUCUGCAGGCACCACCAAGAGUCACAGAGCCUACGUCCGCAUCGCCUACCUGCGCAAGAACUUUGACCAGGAGCCUCUGGGGAAGGAGGUACCCCUGGACCAUGAGCUUCUCCUGCAGUGCCGCCCUCCAGAGGGGGUGCCGGUGGCUGAGGUGGAAUGGCUGAAGAAUGAGGAUGUCAUCGAUCCCACUCAGGACACCAACUUCCUGCUCACCAUCGACCACAACCUCAUCAUCCGCCAGGCCCGCCUCUCAGAUACAGCCAACUACACCUGUGUGGCCAAGAACAUCGUGGCCAAGCGCCGGAGCACCACCGCCACUGUCAUCGUCUAUGUGGAUGGUGGCUGGUCCAGCUGGGCGGAGUGGUCACCCUGCUCCAACCGCUGUGGUCGAGGUUGGCAGAAGCGCACACGGACCUGCACCAACCCCGCCCCACUCAAUGGAGGAGCCUUCUGUGAGGGUCAGGCCUUCCAGAAGACCGCCUGCACCACAGUGUGCCCAGUGGACGGGGCGUGGACCGAGUGGAGCAAGUGGUCAGCCUGCAGCACUGAGUGUGCCCACUGGCGCAGCCGGGAGUGCAUGGCACCCCCACCCCAGAACGGAGGACGCGACUGCAGCGGGACGCUGCUCGACUCCAAGAACUGUACUGACGGGCUCUGCGUGCAGAACAAGAAAACUCUAAGCGACCCCAAAAGCCACCUCCUGGAGGCCUCCGGGGAUGUGGCGCUGUACGCGGGCCUCGUGGUGUCCAUCUUUGUGGUCCUGGUGGUCGUCUUGGUGGUGGGGGUAGUAGUGUACCGACGCAGCUGCCGCGACUUCGACACCGACAUCACUGACUCGUCCGCUGCCCUCACUGGUGGCUUCCACCCCGUCAACUUCAAGACUGCGAGACCCAACAACCCGCAACUCCUUCACCCAUCUGUGCCCCCCGACCUGACAGCCAGUGCUGGCAUCUACCGUGGGCCCGUCUAUGCCCUGCAGGACUCCACUGACAAGAUUCCCAUGACAAACUCGCCCCUGCUGGACCCCCUGCCCAGCCUCAAGAUCAAGGUCUACAGCUCCAGCACCACCAGCUCUGGGCCAAGCCUGCCAGACGGGGCCGAUCUGCUGGGGGUCCUCCCCCCUGGCACUUAUCCUGGGGAUUUCACCCGAGAGUCCCACUUCCUGCACCUGCGCAGUGCCAGCCUCGGCUCCCAGCAGCUCCUGGGCCUGCCCCGCGACCCAGGGAGCAGUGUCAGCGGCACCUUUGGCUGCCUAGGUGGAAGGCUCAGCAUCCCUGGCACAGGGGUCAGCCUGCUGGUGCCCAAUGGAGCCAUUCCCCAGGGCAAGUUCUAUGAGAUGUAUCUACUGAUCAACAAGGCAGAAAAUACCCUUCCACUUUCAGAAGGGACCCAGACAGUCUUGAGCCCCUCAGUGACCUGCGGGCCCACUGGCCUCCUGCUGUGUCGUCCGGUCAUCCUCACCGUGCCUCACUGUGCCGAAGUCAGUGCCGGCGACUGGAUCUUCCAGCUCAAGACUCAAGCCCACCAGGGCCACUGGGAGGAGGUGGUGACCCUGGGUGAGGAGACUCUGAACACUCCCUGCUACUGCCAGCUGGAGGCCAGGUCCUGCCACAUCCUGUUGGACCAGCUGGGCACCUACGUGUUCACAGGCGAGUCCUACUCCCGCUCAGCUGUCAAGCGGCUCCAGCUAGCCAUCUUCGCCCCCGCCCUCUGCACCUCCCUUGAGUACAGUCUCAGGGUCUACUGCCUGGAGGACACGCCUGUUGUGCUAAAGGAGGUGCUGGAGCUGGAGCGGACACUGGGGGGCUACCUGGUGGAGGAGCCCAAACCCCUGCUGUUUAAGGACAGUUACCACAACCUGCGCCUCUCCCUCCACGACAUCCCCCACGCCCACUGGAGGAGUAAACUGCUGGCCAAGUACCAGGAGAUCCCGUUCUAUCACAUAUGGAGUGGCAGCCAGAAGGCCCUGCACUGCACCUUCACCCUGGAGCGACUCAGCCUGGCAUCCACAGAGCUCACCUGCAAGAUCUGUGUGCGCCAGGUGGAGGGGGAGGGCCAGAUAGUCCAGCUGCACACCACCCUGGCAGAGACGGCUGCUGGCUCCUUGGAUGCCCUCUGCUCUGCCCCUAGCAGCACCACCACCACCCAGCUGGGGCCCUACGCCUUCAAGAUUCCUCUCUCCAUCCGCCAGAAGAUAUGCAAUAGCCUCGACGCCCCCAACUCACGGGGCAAUGACUGGCGGCUGCUGGCCCAGAAGCUCUCCAUGGACCGGUACCUGAACUACUUUGCCACCAAAGUGAGCCCCACGGGCGUGAUCCUGGACCUCUGGGAGGCUCUGCAGCAGGACGAUGGGGACCUUAAUAGCCUGGCGAGUGCCUUGGAGGAGAUGGGCAAGAGCGAGAUGCUGGUGGCCAUGGCCACCGAUGGGGACUGCUGAGCCGCCCCGGGAUGCAGCUGGCAGGGCCAGCAGGAGGCAGGCACUGGGAGGCCAGGUCAGCCUCUCAGUGGGACAUACAGCCUCUGGUGCCCAGCUCACAGCCGGAGCGGCUUUCUCUCCUCCUCCUUUGCCCAGCCCGCGACCACGACCAGCCUUAGAAACUCCAUGUACUCUGCCGUCUGGGGACCAAGGUUCCUUGUGGCCCCUGCCCUCUCUCUGUAGCCUCAGUCCCCCUUCUAGAGGUGGGAAUGGGACGGAGGCCUCUGGCAGGGAGGAGGGGAAGGCCACUCUCCUCUUAACUCCCCACCCUCUGCCCAAACUCUGGUCAUAGUUUGUUUUCCUUCACUCCUCAUUUUCUUCCUCAGUUCUUAAUUUCUCCCUCCUCCCUCAGCCCCCUUCUCCUUUCACACCAUUCUCCACUUUGAAGACUUGUACACUUCAGACAAACUGCUUUCUCCUGUCCAAAAGAACAAAAAGGAAAGAAAGAAAGAAAGACCGCUUCAGACCGUUAGUAAAGCUCAAAGAAGAAAAACAUCAAAACCACAAGGGAAAAAGAAAAACCCAGUUUCUUAGGAAACGCAAAUGAUUUAUUAUCCAGAUAUUUGGAUAAGUCCUUUUUAAGAAAAAGAAAAAAAAGAAAAAAAAAGAAAAUGAAAAAGAACACA